CUGGCGCGAGAUGAACCGUGGGUGUUUGUUGUUAUUGUUGUUGUGGCGGGAACGUGAGCCAGGGGUCCUGUGCUGCAGCUGCUGCACGGGGACGUGCUGUGCAGGCAGCCACCAACUUGUGUGCUUGGUGUCCUGUGUGUCUCGUGGCUCUGGUGUCCGCUGGCCUUCUCACGCCUGGCCAGCAGCCCAGCAGGCUCAGCCCCCUUGAGAGGUGCAGAACAGCACCGGCUGUCCUCAGCAAGCUGCGGCUCCAGAGGCUGUGGCUCCGUGGUCUCCCCAGCCCCGCACAGCACUGAACAGGCAACCGCAACUUGCCCUGAAGGUGUCAGCCUCUGUUGGUGCAGGAUGCCCAGGUCACCACACCUUGCCUCUCAAGUCAAAGGUCACCCACAGACUCUGGCGUAGGAGGACUGGCCACCUGCACUGAACCCCUGCAUAACUGGCCCAUGUGCAUCAUCUCCCGACAUCGUUGCAGCCUUUUUGGUCCCCCUUGGAUGUUUAUGGGCACGUGCAGAAGCAGCAGCCGUUGCUACAGCUGCCGUAGCACUCGUUGUUGGCGUGGCAAAGGUGGUGGUCACUUUACCGGGGUCGGUCUAUGGGACAGAGUAAGGUGCUGCCUGCCCCGGCAAGAUGACUGCAACCCCUGAUGUGGCUGACAAAGCGCCUCCCUCCUGUGGCCAGCAAGGUGCUGCCUGCCCCGACAAGAUGACUGCAGCCCCAGUUGUGGUCAUCAAGGCACUCCCCUUCUGUGCUGCAUGCCAGGGGCUGCAGCGCCAGGAGGAUGGGCAUGUGGAGUUACCUGUGCACUUGUGGGACUUUGUGGCGGCACAUGGCCUGGUGCACCGAACCGUGCACUGCCCCUGGUGUCAGUAUUCCGCUUACCUCUUCAGACACUCCAGGUUUCGUUGCCAGAGAGUGAUGACAACGUUUGUUGACCACAGACUGGUGACAAAGCGAUGCAACUUUGACAUUUCUGCACUCAAAGGAACCUUCUUUGAUCACAGUAAUCUUCCCUUGAAAAAAAUUUUGUGUCUGUGUUACUGGUUUGUGCUGGAUACAGCAACCUACGAAGAGGUGAUGGGGAGGGUGAACGUGCCGCUGUACAGACUCAUCUACUGGUACACCUUGUGCCAGGAGCUCAUCAUCACUUACUGCUUGAACCACUGCAGGAAGAUUGGCGGCCCCGGCAAGACAGUGAAGAUUAGAAAAGCAAGAGUUCGUGAAAAAAAGUACUGCAGACCCUCCACCAAAUGCCAUUGGGUCCUCGGGGGCUUUGAGGAAGAGUCAAGGUCCUUUUUCUUGAUCCCCCUCCCAAACCUCAGAAAGGAAACAUUUGAAGAAUGCAUCAGGGAAUGGAUCCUGCCCGGAACAGAGAUCGUUUCUGACUUCUGGGGAAAAUGUGCAUCUCUGUCUUUUGAGGGCUAUGCGCAAAAGACUGUGCAUCACCCAGCAAGCCGUGGCAUCCCUGAGAGCAGUUCCACGCCGGAGAAUGCUGAGCAGCAGCCGCAGGGCAGCCAUCAAAGUGCCAGGAUAAACACCUGGGCUCAGGAGCCGUUUGUGGGACAAUUGACACUUACAUACUUCAAGCUGACAUUCCCAGACGUGUUGCAACGCUUCCACCAGCUCCUCGUGUUGGCCGCUGAGCUCUACCCUCCACAGAAAGAGGAGUGUUUAACACAGCCGCACGUGUCACAGGAAGCUCUCCCCACUGCCAACAAGAAGAGAAGGAAGUGGGAGAGGACGGGACCAAUGUACACUAACCCUGGCGAACCUCCGGUUCUUGGUAACAGGAAACCAGCGAGGGAGGAGAAGGCUGCAGAGGCAAGCAUCAGAUGUGAAAAGAUUACAGUGACGAAGGUUGAGCACACCAGGGAACCUCCCCAAAUUGAGAUAGUGAUCACCGAGGAGAAGGAAGUGACACCCAGCGCAGCGCAGGACCCCCUGGCACUCAGCCCCCGCCAGCAGCCAGCCUGGGAGGAGGACGCCACGCAUGCACAAUACAUGCAGCAUGGCAUGUCAAGCUAUGUGCAAAGCCUACCAGUGGACCAGAGGGAGCAGUACAUCUCAAAACUAAGACUGAAGAAAUAUAAGAUGUAUUUGCCCGAUCCCUACAUCCUUGGAGGCUGGGAGAGCGACGUGAAGCUGUGGCCAGACCUAAACUUUGGGCACAUACACCAGUACCUGUUGUGUGGCCAGGGCUGGGCAGCAGAGAAGAAGGAUGUGGGCACUGUGGCAGCGGAGGGCUACGGCACCUUCAAACUGGGCCACGUGCUAGCAGUGGAGAGCAGCCGAGUCCAGAGUGACAUUCCGGUGUGCUUCCUCAAGGCCCGGGUCAGCCCCCUCAAGAGCACUGUGGCCGAGAACUGUGACGUUUGGGUGUACCUGGAAGAGACGGAAGGCACCAUUCUGGCUUCCCACUGUACAUGUUUGGCCGGGCUUACAGAAGUGUGCAGUCAUGUGCUGGCCUUGCUGUUCAGGGUGGAGGCUGCCACGUCGCUGGGCAUGACCUGCAAAGGCCUGGACAGUGACAGCAGCAAGCUGGCAGUGUGGGACAGGCACUACCGGCCCAAGAAGUGUGUGGCUUGCGUGAAGGACAUCGACUUCAUUCAUCCCAGUAGCAGCAAGAGACUCAAAAUGUCCAGAGAACUCCAGCCAAUGCCUCUGUCUCAGUCUGAACAGAUGCAAGCUUUGGCAGAGCUUAAAAAAAUCCUCCCCAAUGCUCCGCUAUUCAUGAGGCGGGACUCAGAAACAGAUACAGCGCCCCUGGUUGGGGAGAGCCACCAGCCUGACCUUGCGCUGUGCCAGGGACUGGCAACCUGGGAAAUGCCAGUCAGAAUGGAGGACACAAACGUGUCUGUCAAGCUUGAGGCUGAUGAAGCGCCCUACAGGACAGACACACCACAGAUGCCACACAGCCUGAGGUGGAGCAGUGAGGGGCCACGUACCUCAGCCUGUUUUGAAGAACCGGAGUUGUCCGUGAAAGUUGAAGAUGAAAUAUUUGUGAAGAUGGAGGAAAUUGAGGAGGAUCCAUAUCUAAUAGAGAGUUGGUGACUAGGUAUGUGUAUGUUCCUGGUGACUGAAUCUACCUACUUCACCACAGGGGCUGUGAAUGGGCCUCUGUGACCAGAGGUGAGAUGCUAUACCCUUGCCAGCAUUUUAGGUAGUAGUGAGCCAGCAGUGGUGCCAAUGGUUUUCCUACAUCAAAGACUGCCGGUAUGAACACACACCCUUAACAGACCUGAGGCACCACUGUACCAGCUGAAGCAGCAGUGGAAUUCUUGCAUCAAAAACCAACAGUGUGUGUGUGUGCCUGUAUCCCAUCCAAGGCACUGAGUGGAUCAGCAGGGGCAGUAGGGAAGUUGUUACUCUUGUGGUGAACAGUAUUAAUUUUAUUGAGGUACAUUAGGCAGUUUGUGUCUUUGUGUUGUGAAGAAUUGAAGCAUUUACUUCAUGGGAUAUACAGUUUGAUUGUUUACUCUGCACAUAAUGACUGCUGCUGAGGGUGAUGGUGAGGGUGUCUGCAUCAUAGAAAACAAGUAAGCUGUGUCCCACAGAGUGAAUGCUGUGGUUCCUUACAACACAAAGACACAAGUUGUCUGUAUGGCGCAACACAAGCCCAAGAUGAACAAUUUUAUCUCCUUGUCUCCUAUAAGGAAAUUAAACACUCUGCAUUGCUCUUAGGUUUUUGUGUGGUGAGGUGUAGCCGUGUUCCCUCCUGUGGCCGUGAACCGUGCCACUCACACAGCACUGCUUACAAAUACUGAAAGGUACAAAACAUUCAACACAAUUUUAUUUUUCCUGUUGUACAAGUACUUGGCACGUUUUCUUUUAAGAAUUUCCUUAUAACGCAAGACCUGAAUGAAGGAUUCACUUUCCA